UGAAUGUACGGUCGCGCGCUUCGGCCGCUCGCUGAUAAUUCGAGUGUUUAUCUCAAGGGAUUAUCCCUUUCUCGCGCGCGGCGCCAACUCUGCCGGUUUUGAAUUUAAUUUCGCCGAUAUAACAAGUAUCUACUAUCGUAACUGCUAUAUUUCUUUUUUUUUUUUUUUUAAUUAAAUAAUUAAUUAAUGCAUCUAAGAAGGGAUCUAAAGAAAGCACGAGGAAUACGUCGAUCAUUGUAACAAAGUGUGUAAUGUCUACGUUAGUGUAAGCACCGGCUGUUAGCACAUUGUCAGAGGGGGAUAGGUGUGCGUAGGUAACCACAGGAAGAGAAUACUUUCACUGCCAAAGUACGCUUGGGAGCCUUCGGGAAGGACGAAGAAACUCAGUCACUGGCCAGAUCGACAAGGAAGGUGAGAGUGAAAUGAGUAGGAGAGUGUGCUAUCGGUACAGUUCAGUAUCGUUCUUCCGAGUGUCAUUACCGAUUCUCACGACGGUCAUUCGGUGGUAAUCGUCUAGUCAGUGAGUUAGAUAGAUCCUGCUAAAAAUUUUCCUUCAAUCAACAGUGUUCGUACAAGGUUUUGGAUGAUAGCAUUUCCUUACUAACCUCUGGAUGUUUUGCCUGGUCGAGAGAGACUGAAGAAUUUAUCGAAUCUGAUGUGAAAUGUUCUUGGGAAUAAAGGCUCGACGAAGAAAUAAAAGGAAGACGAAACAGCCCAUGAAUCAAUUGCCGGCGCCAUCGAGGGCACAAUGAAGAGAAUAAGCUCCGACGUGCCAUUCACAAUAGUUCGGAUCGAAAGAAUCGGCACCCGUCCGCCGGACAUCCGCUCACGGUAAAACAUCAUCAGCGUGAUGUCAUACGAAGCACUCGGAAAUUCAAAAUUUCAUUUAACCAAGUUCGCGAGAUUUCAAUUCGAGAAGAAUGGUGUUCAGUACGAUCGUGGUAACGUCAGCGUUGAAGGGCGCUCUGGGUUUGAUGGGCACCAGUUUAUGGUUGAUCCCUUUACUCAUAGCAGGCCUGUCCUACUAUCGUUACGAUCAACUAGAUCCUGAAAGUCGACCCAUCGAUCGUUACCCUCUGUACCCCGAGUACGACUUCGUCGUAGUGGGUGGUGGGUCAGCUGGAGCAGUGGUAGCCAGUAGACUAUCAGAAAUAGCAAACUGGAAUGUUCUAUUGCUCGAAGCUGGCCCCGACGAGAACGAGAUAACAGACGUGCCAUCGUUGGCAGCUUAUCUGCAACUGACGAAGCUGGACUGGAAGUACAAGACCGAACCAACAGGAAGAGCCUGCCUGGCAAUGAACCGAGGCCGUUGCAAUUGGCCUCGGGGCAAAGUUCUAGGAGGCUCCAGUGUCCUUAAUUACAUGCUCUACGUUCGAGGUAACAGGCACGAUUACGAUUACUGGGAGUCUCUGGGUAACCAUGGCUGGGGCUACGAUCAGGCGCUCUAUUACUUCAAAAAGUCCGAGGAUAACCGGAAUCCUUAUCUCCAGAAGAGUCCUUACCACUCCACAGGUGGUUACUUAACCGUUCAAGAGUCCCCGUGGAGGACACCGUUGGUGGUGGCGUUCGUUCAGGCUGGCACAGAGAUGGGUUACGAGAACAGGGACAUAAAUGGAGAACGACAAACAGGAUUCAUGAUAGCUCAGGGUACGAUUCGCAGAGGUAGCAGGUGUUCCACGGCGAAGGCGUUCCUUCGUCCAGUUCGAUUGCGCAGAAACAUCCACACGGCUAUGAACUCUCAUGUCACCAAAAUUCUGAUAGAUCCAAUAACCAUGAGAGCCACUGGAGUGGAAUUUGUGAGAGACGGUCGUAGGCAGAUCGUCCGAGCGCGAAAGGAGGUGAUUCUAUCAGCUGGGGCUAUCAACAGUCCCCAGAUCCUAAUGCUUUCCGGGAUAGGACCUCAGGAACACCUGCGCCAUAUCGGGAUACCUGUGAUCAAGGAUCUCCGAGUGGGUGAUAAUCUUCAGGAUCACGUUGGCAUGGGUGGACUCACGUUUCUUAUCGAUAAACCAGUGGCUAUUGUUCAAGAUCGCUUCCAGGCUGCUCCAGUGACCAUGCACUACGUGGCCAAUGGAAGAGGACCCAUGACUACGCUGGGUGGUGUCGAAGGGUAUGCGUUCGUGAAUACAAAAUAUGCUAAUCUCUCUGUCGAUUAUCCAGAUAUUCAACUGCACAUGGCACCAGCCUCCAUAAACUCGGAUAAUGGUAUCCAAGUGAAGAAGGUCUUGGGUAUUACUGAUGAGGUUUACAACACGGUAUACAGACCCAUUGCGAAUAAGGACGCCUGGACCAUCAUGCCUCUUUUGCUCAGGCCUAGAUCACGUGGCACGGUUAGACUGCGCAGUUCUAAUCCCUUUCAUAGUCCACUGAUCGAUGCUAAUUACUUUUCUGACCCCUUCGACAUCGCCACUUUGGUCGAGGGUGCUAAAAUCGCGAUGAGGGUCAGCGAGGCUAAGGUCUUCAAGCAGUUUGGAUCCAGAGUCCAUCGUAUCAAGCUACCGAAUUGUAAACACUUGAAGUUUGCUUCGGAUGCUUACUGGGAAUGUCAUAUUCGUCAUAUCACCAUGACGAUCUAUCAUCCAGUUGGAACGACCAAAAUGGGACCUUCAAGUGAUCCAAAUGCUGUUGUGGAUUCUAGAUUGAGGGUUCACGGAGUAAAAGGACUGAGGGUGAUAGAUGCGUCCAUCAUGCCCACGAUAUGCAGCGGAAAUACGAAUGCACCAGUCAUCAUGAUCGGUGAAAAAGGAGCUGAUCUGAUUAAAAAUGACUGGUUGUCGAUCGAGACAAGCAGAAGCUGACAUAUUUUGUACUUUAGCCAGGUCUUUAUAUGUAAGGACAUCUGUUUAAAUUUAUUAAGUUGAUGUUAAUAUCCUAUCUAUCACUAGUAACUUUAAGUGACAUGCAGCAUAAUUUUGUUGCUCUUAUUUCAUAAGGCAGGGGAUUAAUUUGUUUAAAAAUUCGAUGACUGUUAUAAGUUGUUUAUAUUUUGUUGGUAGUUUACCACUUGUUGUAAUAUGUUGAAUGUAUAUCUAUGUAAAUUGUGUACAUAAAACUUUUGUUGAUUUAAUUCCACUACGAUUGUUGAUUUAAAAAAUGUUAAUUGUUAAAUGAUUUAUUACCCAAGAUAACUGGAAGCGAAUCGACGAGAAUUCACUUUAUUUUGUACUUUAUUUUGUAGAAGAAAACAUUUCUUAAGUAAACGAACGAAACCUUUACCAUUUGAUUUAUUAUUUUUACACUGAAUUCAAGAACGCAAUUGGAAAAAUACAUUUGCACUGACUGUACGAACAAGGAAAAUGAUAUCCAAGUAUAAACAAGAAAAAAUAAUAGAUAACGUGGCUGUAUCUUAAUUCAUUGCGGUCCAAAGUUGAGCCCGUUUUUCAGUAAUUUUAAACACACGGACCAUUCGCGAUAGUUUAUUUAAAGCUAAACGAAAAAUAACACGUUUCUUCAUAUUUUUCGCCAAUUGUGGUCAAGUGGGUAGCCAUAUAGCUCGUCAAUGACUUAAUAACAGAUUAAAGAUGUUGAUUAACGGCAAAUUUAUUUUUUAUCGAGUGCAAAAAUAUACUAAAUUAA